GCAUUGUCUGCACAAUGCAGCAUUUAUUUCCUCUUCUAGUACUGUCUCCAUGGAUUUCGCCUCUCGGGAUCGAUUGCCUGUAGAUUGUUAUGGGUCCAGAUAUAUUCCGCAAUCCAAAUUUCCCUAAAAAGGCUAAUUUGCUUGAAGACGGUCAACACUCGAUUCUUGAUUUCCAGACACUCUCCGUCGUCAAAGUACCCAGCACCCAAAUACUUAAGCAGCACGAUGUCCGUCACUUUACUCAUCCGAGUCAUCAGCACUAGCACCCUCAGCCUCCGAACUAAAUAUCUGAAUCGCACACUCGUCUCCAAACAAAUACUCUGAGAUGUCUUACACCACUCUUAACAUUAACACUCACUUCUCCCUCUUCGCCCCCUUGCCCGCGUCUUCAAACUUAUUCACUGUCUUCACUCAAGCACAGUCUCCACGUGAAACGCAUGCAAUGUAUGCAGAGGUCCGCCAGGUGCUUGGCGCUUCCAACGGGCAAAGGAAGCAGGGCAAGAGCGCGCUGAAGAAGAUCUUCAGUGCCAAUUAACAAGUAUCUACAACACGCGCCUUCAAGCGCAUUAUCCCAUCCGAGAUCAAGCUCUCUCGCUCGAUGUGACGAGAUAAUUCUCGUCUUCCGAGCAACUCCACCAGAGCGCGGCCACUGCCCUCUCAAACAACUGUAUCGGCCAAGCGCAGGCACAACCAUCAUAAGCCGUGCACACCCCUUCAUGCACAUUCGCAUUUAAAAACUAUCUGACGUGUGGAUCGCGUCGUAGAGCGGGCAAUUCGGGAAUAAUCUGGAUGACUGAGGAAGAUGGCAGCGCUGCAUACUACUUACUAGAAUCCAAAAGACGCGUCGGAUGCAGUCUUCUGGUCUCACUCCGAUAUCACUUCGUAUCCGGGACUUGCUUCGAAAUACCAAUGAAUUAAUUCAAUGCCAAUAAAAAUAUGAGAUA